GAAUUGUCGUCGCUGUUAACGAAGCGAUGCUAACGGCAAGUGCGCAGGCCCUGGUUACAGAGUCGGCGUGAGCACCUCCGUGCACACAGGGUGUCGCUCAGUCUCUGGCGAAGUUAUGGACCGUACUGUGUUCUCGUGGUUUACCUUCUACGGCACCCUUCUCAUCUUGAAGAUGUACUCUGUGGCUAUCAUCACCGGGCAAUUGCGUCUCCGCCGGAAGGCCUUUGCCAACCCAGAAGAUGCACUGAAACAUGGCGGUUUGGAUUUUCAUCGAACUGAUCCUGAUGUUGAACGGGCCCGAAGAACGCAUCGCAAUGAUAUGGAAAACAUCUUCCCUUUCUUGUUCCUUGGUGCUGUCUACUCGCUGAUGGAGCCCAACCUCUAUGUUGCCCACAUCCAUUUUCUGGUCUUCUUCACGGCUCGUGUGGUCCAUAGCAUUGCCUACCUGUGUGCUUUGAAAGCUCCAACCCGUUCACUAGCUUAUACCAUUGGACAGAUUCCCUGCGUAUCCAUUGCUCUGCAGAUACUUGUCAACAUCGUGGCACAUUUGUAGACCCAGCCUAAAGACAUUGCAGCCCAUUGGUUGACCCAACCUGAAGACAGUACCAUUGGGCAUAUUAUUGCUAGAGAUCGAUUGGAACCAAGACUGGAAAAGCAUAUAAUUAUGAUGCUGCUUGCACUUUAUAGACUUGGGUGCAGUUAUGCUGCAAAGUUUUGCUUCAGUAUAUAUGCAAAGAUGUUAAAGUGAAAUACUGCUUUACUUGACCAUGUUUAUCUGCGAGAUUGCCAACAACUGCUACAAAAGUAAAAAAUCAUUCGCAAACUAUUUAAAGUUUGUUUUCU